UUCCAAUGAUAUGACUACAAAGUCAACUUUUUCGCCAAAAUUUUUUUUUUCUUUUUAAUUCACAGAAGAUAACAAACUGUCAGAGAAAUCCAAGGGAAACCCAUAACAAUUUAGAAUUCAACUCUUUGACAUUUAAUCUGUAUAUUCCUUUAUAGCUUUGAAUAUUCCCCACAUUUUAUGCCCAACAAAACUUGACACAAAUUAUAAAUAAUCUUUUCUAAAUGCAGGUUUUUCUAUGAUAAGAUCAAAAUGGGUCUCUUUGGUUCAUCUUCUUUUGUAGUUUUUCUACUGGGUUUGGUUCUUCUUCUGAAUAUUGCAGUUUUUUGCAAUGGAGGCAAAACAAGCACUUUCGUUAGAAAAGUUGAGAAAACCAAUGAUAUGCCUCUCGACAGUGACGUUUUCCAAGUUCCUCAUGGUUAUAAUGCUCCUCAACAGGUUCAUAUCACACAAGGAGACCAAGUGGGAAAAGCAGUGAUUGUGUCAUGGGUGACUGUGGAAGAACCGGGUUCAAGUAAAGUGCUUUACUGGAGUGAAUGGCAUAGAAAGCAAAAGAAGGUGGCUGAGGGAAAAUUCACUACCUAUAAGUUCUACAACUACACUUCUGGUUAUAUUCAUCAUUGCACCAUCAGAAAUUUGGAGUUCAAUACCAAAUAUUACUAUGUGGUUGGAGUUGGUCAUACUGAGAGGAAAUUCUGGUUCACAACUCCCCCAGAAGUUGGCCCUGAUGUCCCUUACACAUUUGGUCUCAUAGGGGAUCUUGGUCAGAGCUUCGAUUCAAAUAGGACACUCACUCAUUACGAAUCAAAUCUGCAGAAGGGGCAAACGGUACUUUUUGUUGGGGAUUUGUCUUACGCAGAUACUUAUCCGAACCAUGAUAAUGCCAGAUGGGAUGCAUGGGGAAGAUUUGUGGAGAGAAGCACUGCUUAUCAACCGUGGAUAUGGACUGCGGGAAAUCAUGAAAUCGAUUUUGCUCCUGAAAUUGGAGAAACUAAACCAUUCAAGCCUUAUACUAAGCGGUAUCACAUGCCUUAUAAAGCAUCAGGGAGUACAGCUCCUUUCUGGUACUCAAUCAAGAGGGCUUCUGCUCACAUCAUUGUAUUGGCUUCAUAUUCUGCAUAUGGCAAAUACACACCACAGUACAGAUGGCUCAAAGAUGAGCUACCUAAGGUUAACAGGAGCGAGACGCCAUGGUUGAUAGUUCUAAUGCAUUCUCCAUGGUAUAACAGCUACAACUACCACUACAUGGAAGGAGAAACCAUGAGAGUCAUGUAUGAGGAAUGGUUUGUGAUAUACAAAGUGGAUGUGGUAUUCGCUGGUCAUGUCCACGCUUACGAACGCUCUGAACGUGUGUCCAACAUAGCUUAUAAUGUCGUAAAUGGAAUUUGCUCUCCUGUGAAAGAUCAAUCUGCACCUGUGUACAUAACCAUUGGAGACGGAGGAAAUCUUGAAGGCUUAGCAACCAACAUGACAGAGCCACAGCCAGCAUACUCAGCGUACCGUGAGGCCAGUUUUGGUCACGCCAUUUUCGACAUCAAAAACCGAACCCAUGCGUACUACGGUUGGCACCGGAACCAAGACGGAAACGCGGUGGAAGCUGAUUCCAUGUGGUUUUCCAACAGACACUGGCAUCAAGUUGAUGAUUCCACCACAAGUAGCCAAUGAUGAAUGAAUGAGAAAAUAAAUGUGUGAAAAUAACAUAAACAUUUGUAUUUUCAUCAAUAUAAUAGCACAAACAUUUUAAAAUUUUUUAUCGAUAAGAUUUUCAAUCUUUUCCUCAGCCCUUUGUGGUCUGCCUUUUUCUGUUUGAUUACUGUUGUAGCCUUGUACAAUGGUUUUGUAACGUCUUAAGAUCAUAUCUUUAAGCUUUAAGCUUUAAUUUGAUAUGUGUCAUGUAAUGCGUUUGCUUGCAAUGAAAAAGUGAUUGAGAGUUUUCUAAUAAAA